UUUGCUUAUUUACAUUCUUUGCCACCCGGUGUUAAUAUUUAAUUAGUUUCUUUUUUCUACCUUACAAUUCUCCAUCUCUCUCUCCACAGUUGUAGAAUUCGUAUUGUGUUUCUCAUUUAACUCCAUGGACACAAAACUUAUUUCUUCAGGAGUCCAAUAUUCAAGUUUACCUGGAAAUUAUAUCAGAUCUGAAUCGGAGAGACCCAACCUCUCUAAAGUGAUUACUUGCGAUGACAUUCCCAUCAUCGACUUAUGUUGCACCAACCGCACCCAACUUAUUCACCGUAUUGGCGAAGCCUGCCGAGUUUUUGGGUUCUUUCAGGUAAUAAAUCAUGGGAUAUCAGGAGAAUCAACAAAGAACAUGAUAGAGAUUGCACGGGAGUUCUUCAAAUUACCUAUGGAUGAAAAGUUGAAAUAUUAUUCAGAUGAUCCAACAAAAACAAUGAGAUUGUCGACUAGCUUCAACGUGAAGAAAGAAACGGUUCAUAAUUGGAGAGAUUAUCUUAGGCUUCAUUGUCACCCUCUUGAUAAAUUUGUCCAAGACUGGCCUUCAUCCCCUCCACAAUUCAAGGAUGUUGUGAGUACAUACUGCAAAGAAGUUAGAGCACUUGGUUUUAGACUACUGGAAGCAAUAUCAGAAAGCUUAGAGUUACAAGGAGAUUACAUAGAGAAGAUGUUGGGAGAUCAAGAGCAACAUAUGGCCAUAAACUACUAUCCACCUUGUCCUCAACCUGACCUUACUUAUGGUCUUCCAGCUCAUACUGACCCAAAUGCGCUCACCAUCCUUCUUCAAGAUGGAGAAGUCUCAGGCUUACAAGUCUUCAAAGAUGAUAAGUGGAUGGCAGUAAAUCCGCACCCUGGCGCUUUCGUUAUCAAUAUUGGUGACCAACUACAGGCACUUAGCAAUGGAAGAUAUAAAAGUGUUUGGCAUCGAGCCGUUGUGAACUCCGGCAAGGAGCGAGUAUCAGUGGCAUCAUUUUUAUGUCCAGCUAACUGUGCAACAAUUAUUCCUGCAACCCAAAGUGGAUCUUCCGCCAUAUACAGGAAUUUCACUUAUCAAGAAUACUACAAAAAGUUUUGGAGCAGGAAUCUUGAUCAAGAACAUUGUUUAGAACUCUUUAAAAAUUGAAUUAUUAUGGAAACUAAUGACUUUUCUAUGAAACAUGUUUGAUAUAGACACCUUGUGCAGGGCCGCCCUAUAGACCAGGCCAGCUAGGCUAUUGCCUAGAGCCUCACAUUGUUAGGGCCUAAAUUUUAUUUUUUCUUACGACUUUUUUUUGUUUUUUUGAAGCGUUAGGAUGUUUGUUAUGUAAGUACCUCCUACUGCUUUCCAAUUACAUCUGGCUAUGGCAGUGACUAAAUACAAUCUUUAGUUGGGUUAAAUGCAACCAUAACUAAAUACAACUUCCUUAUGUAUGUAAUUAGCUAAAUGCAACCGUAAUUAUUUUUUACAGUUUUUUAAUAUACAAGCCAAGAUCAUGUUGUUGUUCCUUCCA